AUGGAUGGUUUUGCUUUGUCAAAUUCUGGCCUUGCUGACGGUGGAGGGAUUUGUCGCGACCACCUUGGCAAUGUGAUUUUUGCCUUCGCCAACGGUUACGAGAACGCCUCUAACAAUUUGGCUGAAUUGAGGGUCAUUCAUGAUGGUAUCAAUCUCUGCUUGGAUCUGGGCCUUCAAAAUGUAAUCUUGGAAUUUGACUCCAGCUGGGUUGUGCGUUGCUUUCUGAUGAACUGUGCUCCCUCUUGGAAGUGGUCUUAUUGGCUAACCAGAAUUGUUUCGCUCGUUGGUAGGGGCUCUUUUCGAAUCGCUCACGUCCUCCGGGAAGUUAACGGUCCGGCUGACAGCUUGGCUAAACUUGGGAGCAAUUUGCAAACCAACAGGUUCUUUCCUAACAUCUUACCCCACUUCUCGAGAGGCCAGAUUCUUCUAGAUAAAUUGGGCUUAGGGGCCAUCAGAGAACACGAAUCCAAGCCUCUUGUUCACUCCCAAGUAUAG